CAUCUCAUAAUUAAGCAAAAUAAAAGCUAGAGAGCCAUGGCAUCAGCGACUAGAUUAUUACUGGAGCUGUCCAUCCUCGUGCUGAUCAUCGCCGCCGCGGCGACGACGACCACCGCCGACGUGGCCUACAAGCAAUGCUACACCGGGAACGGCGGUGACCUGGCAGUGGGGAUAAUGAAAUCCCUCGUUCAAGAUUUGACCGCGAAACUGCCGGAUCGACGAGAGACGUACUACUGCAACGAGCUGACGGAGGAGGGGCUGAAGAUGUACGGGUUCGCGGAGUGCAUAGGCCGGGACAGCGACGGAGCCGCCAGCAUGAAGGCAUGCACCGACUGCUUGGAUCUGGCCGGGAAAUUACUGAUCGACGAUUGUAAAGACACCGCCACCGGCUACGCCUGGGAUCUCGACUCGGCUUGUUAUUUCAAGGUUGGAUACUCCAUUGAUGUUUGUCCCAAGGGGACUUACUAGGCUUCGUUGAUCAGUGGUGGAGCUACGUGUAGACUAAUCGGCGAAUUUGUCCCACUACGUUUCCCUAUGUGGUUUGUGGUCAUGGUUAGUAUAUGCGAACGUUUAGAAACGGAAAAAAAAAAAAGACAAAAUGGUAGAAGAUCUCUCGUACUCGUUUUGAUUUUGGGAAGUUAGUUUUUGUAAGAUUUUCGUCCCCCCCCCCCCCCCCCCCCCCCCCCCCCCCCCCCUCCGUCCCCAUGUUUUAUGGUUCUCGUUCUUUGGUAUUGUAACGUUGGCGACUAGCUAGACGGUGGAUGAUCACGAGGAGGAAAAGUAUUCUAAGUUCGAGAGAGGUUAUCUAUACCUGUCCGUGUCAUCGGCUUUUGUAUUCAAGCUGAAUAAAUUAUUAUGUGUUAUCAUCAGAUCUUUAGUUAUAUAUUAUGAGUUUUAAAGUUUUUUUAGAACGAACAUUAUGUUUCGUUGAGAAUAAUUUUAUUGUUUGGAUUGAAGUCAUCUUUCGACCGUGGGAAACUAUUCUUUCACAACCAUAAAAUAUGUACGCGCGACUAUAUACACACGUGUAUUAGACAGAGCAUUUAUUAACUGGCUAGUUUUGCUUAAUCUUUUUUAUAUAAGUUAGGGUUGAGUGACAAAAAUCAGUUUAAGCCUAAAAAGCCCAUUUUUUUCAUUGUCGACAAGUUUUUUCAAAUAAAUAGAUAAGUGGGCCUAUGAACCCAUACAAACGUGCUAACAGAACGCACGCUGAUGGGACCAAACGAAAGGUGGGCCUAUGAACCCAUACUGAUGUAUCUAUCAUAUUUGUAUCCUCUUUUAGAGAGAUAUAAUCACAACAAUAAACACCAUAAAACUUAUCACAAUAAGACGAUUAGCUAUUAUUUGCCACCAUAUACCAUCGACCGCGGCAGGCGAGGUGGUACUUGUUGAAUACAAAGGGACGAGAGUGUACGUACGAUAGCUCGAGACCGAGUUACUAGCUAGGAUUAUAAUAGAGUACCGAAUUACGUUCACGAACCAAAUCGAACUCAUGAGAACCGCGCAGUCCUGCAUGUUAUACACAAUGUUCAAGCUUGAUGGACCAAGAGAGAAAAUGGUUAGUUUUGCACAACUGAUUUUGACACUCAUGAAAACUGCAGUGAGUACCCAAGGUACCGACCAUAGAUUUUGGCUCCACUAUGAAUUCGUUAUUUGCCACCAAUGUGGUUUUCGUGAGUAAUGUCGUGACCAAAUUUUCAGGUUGCUAAAGAACAGUUUUCUUAACACGAAGAGGUGACUUCAAUCCAAACGAUAAUUUUUCUUUUAAUAUCAAAAUGUAAUGCUCGUCAAAAUUAUUUCCAAACCCGAAAUCAAUAAACGGAUGUCUAAUGCAUAUCAUGAUAUAUAUCACAUAACGUUUUCAUUCUGCUUGAAAUCAAGAAAUUCCCUUGCCAUUAGUAACCAUCAUACUCCCAAGAAAGUAAAUCAUCACUUGGGGAUACAAUACAUUUCUCUCCUCCACGUAAUCAUCAACCGUCUAUCUAGCUAGUCAGCGGGAAAACUGCAAACAAAAGGAGAACUGCAAACAUGUAAAACAAAAGCCAUAUCCUCCGGCAUACCGCAAAAGCCAUAUCCUCCGUUCUCGCGGUGGUUGCCGUGGCGGUGAUCAGCACGAAGAAGAUGGACAGCUCCAAUAAUAUUAUAGUCGCUGUCGCUGAUGAGAUGGCCAAAUGGGUGGGGGUGGGACGAGACGGGUAUCUCGAUAUUUAUAUCUUGUCUUACAUUAAUUUUGGGUAGGUCGCGUAAUAUCUAGAUAAUUACGGGAUGGGAAGGAUCAAUCUGCAGGUCUUAUCCUGGUAAAAAAAUACACGCAAAAUCUUAUUUUUUACGAUGAAAAAAAAGAAAACACUUUAGGAAUGAAAAUAAGUGAUAACA